AUGCAAUCCACCGUUUUCGCCGUUGUUUUUAGCGUCCUAUUUCUGAGCCAAUGCCUGGCCAAGGAGAUCCCGUUGCCGAUCUUUAUGAAGGAGGCCACUGAGGAAGGAAAAUUGGUGAGUUUUCGGGCAGAAAACCUCUUUGGAUUACUGUAUUUUGACGGCCAUUUUACGUCAUUUGCAAAAGUAUUUUUCUCUCUGACUAGGCUCUGAGCGUCGCCUACUCUCGUAGUCGCAAAAUUUACAUGUACAGUGCAGUUUUAUAAUUGAAAAAAGCCUAUGGUUUCGCACAGUGCAAUUUCAUAGUGCAAAAAAGCCUAUGGUUUCGCACAGUGCAAUUUUCUAGUGCAAAAAAGCCUACGGUUUUGCACAGUGCAAUUGACUAGUGAAAAAAAGCCUAUGGUUUUGCACAGUGCGAUUUUUUAAUGCAAAAAAGCCUAUGGUUUUGCACAGUGCAAUUUACUAGUUGAAAAAAGCCUACAAGUUUGCACUGUGCGAUCUGCUAGUGCAAAAAGCCUAGGAUUUUGCACUGUGCAGUUUUCUAGUUGAAAAAUACCGACGAUUUUGCACAGUGCAAUUUCAUAGUGCAAAAAAGGUUACAAGUUUGCACAGUGCGGUUUACUAGUUGGAAAAAGCCUACAAUUUUGCACGGUGCGGGUUUCCAAUUGAAAAAAAGCAUGUGAAUUUGCACUGUGCAUCUUUUUAGUUGAAAAAAGCCUACGAUUUUGCACGGUGCGGUUUAUUAGGACAAAAACGCUUACAAGUUUUCACAGUGAGAUUUUUUAUUAUUAAAAUUGUCAUCAAAAUUUGAUUGCAACUUAUUUUUUAAAUUUUCCAAAUUUUUGAAAUUACAUUAAACUUUCUACAAACAAAAAUCUCAAAAUCCAACACUCUAGGCAAUGCUCGAACUCCUCUCCCGAGGCGAUAUCCCUCCAGUUGAGCGGCGAAAAAUGGUUGAUGACCUGGUCGCCACUCAACCCGUUCAAGUUCAAAAAGCCUACAAACAGUACAAUGACUUGUUGGAUCAGCACGCCAAGAAAUACGGAAUUUCCUUGGAAGCGGAACUGGAAAAGGCCCGACAAGACUACUUGGCCAAACAAGGAACCACCCCGGCCUAA